AGGCCCUGGCCUCGGUGACAGCCUCGGCAGCUGGGAGCCUCUGUUGAGGCCCCCCCAACAGCCGUCUGGACCCUGCCUGCCCUUCUCUCCUAGCCAUAAGGCUAUAGCUUUCCAACUUCAGCUACAGUGAUAGCUAAGUUUGGAAAGAAAACAAAGAGAAAUCCCGGGUUGCCUUUUUUUUUUUUAAUUUUUAAAAAGUUUUCCAGCGUAUUGUUUUUGUUUUGUUUUCUUGCUUUUUGGUGGUGCUAUCUCCAGUUAUUUGCACUCCAGUUAACCACAAAAACAUCCAAACAUCGAUAGCAGCAGCAACAGCAGAGGACAAAGAAAAGUCAACAAGGAGCUCCUGUUGUCAUGACCCCUAACAAUGACCAAAACACUCGUGGAGGAUGCUGCGGAUCCUUUAAAGACUAUGUUACCUCUGCAAAAUUUCUUCUCUACCUUGGUCAUGCUCUAUCCACCUGGGGAGAUCGGAUGUGGCAUUUUGCAGUAUCUGUGUUUCUGGUUGAGCUCUAUGGAAACAGCCUGCUCUUAACUGCUGUCUACGGGCUGGUGGUGGCAGGCUCUGUUCUGAUCCUGGGAGCCAUUAUUGGAGAUUGGGUAGAUAAAAACCCAAGGCUUAAAGUGGCCCAGACUUCUUUGAUUGUACAGAAUGUUUCCGUCAUCACAUGUGGUAUCAUCCUAAUGAUAGUUUUCUUACAUAAAACUGAUCUUCUGACCAUGUACAAUGGAUGGGUUCUUACUUCCUGUUAUAUUGUGAUCAUCAGUAUUGCAAAUAUUGCAAAUUUGGCCAGCACUGCAACUGGGAUCACAAUUCAGAGAGACUGGAUUGUUGUUGUUGCCGGGGAUGAUAGAAGCAAGUUAGCAGACAUGAAUGCUACAAUACGAAGAAUUGACCAGUUAACUAAUAUUCUGGCCCCCAUGACUGUUGGUCAGAUAAUGACAUUUGGCUCUCCAGUGAUUGGCUGUGGGUUCAUUUCUGGAUGGAAUUUGGUGUCCAUGUGUGUGGAGUACUUCUUACUCUGGAAAGUUUACCAGAAAACCCCAGCUCUGGCUUUGAAAGCUUCUCCAAAAGCAGAUGAAACAGAACUGAAACAACUGAAUUUACAGAAAGAUAUUGAGAAAGUCCAGGAGGGAUCCCAUCUGAUGGGUGAAAAACAUUCUGAGAAGUCUGAAUAUGACAAUGAAGAAGAGCCUGGCUGUGCUUCCCAGAUAGCAGAGCCUUUCCGUACCUUCCGUGAGGGAUGGAUCUCAUACUACAACCAACCCGUGUUUCUUGCUGGAUUGGGUCUUUCUUUCCUCUAUAUGACUGUCCUGGGCUUUGACUGCAUCACUACUGGCUAUGCCUACACUCAGGGUCUGAGUGGGUCAGUGCUCAGUCUUCUCAUGGCAGCCUCAGCUAUCACUGGUAUUAUGGGAACAAUGGCUUUCACCAGACUACGAGAAAAGUGUGGCCUGGUUCGAACAGGUGUAAUCGCUGGAAUAACCCAGAUGGCCUGUUUGACCCUCUGUGUGGUCUCCGUUUUCAUGCCUGGAAGUCCUUUGGACUUAACAGUUUCUCCCUUUGAAGACAUCCAUACUAGAUUAAUUCAGGGUAAUGAAUUGUCUCCAGUACCUACGGAAGGACCUGAAACUUUCUUCACAACUGGAAUGUACAAUUUACUAAAUGAGUCUUAUCCUACUGAGGGAUACACAGAGAUGAGUCCAAAGCCUGUAUCUUUAAUCUCUGUCAGUCUGCUGUUUGCAGGAGUCAUUGCUGCUAGAAUUGGUCUUUGGGCCUUUGAUUUGACUGUGACACAGUUACUACAAGAAAACGUAAUAGAGUCGGAACGAGGCAUUAUAAAUGGUGUACAGAACUCUAUGAACUAUCUUCUAGAUCUUGUGCAUUUCAUCAUGGUCAUCUUGGCCCCCAAUCCUGAAGCUUUUGGUUUACUUGUGUUGAUUUCAGUCUCUUUUGUGGUAAUGGGUCACAUGAUGUAUUUCAGAUAUGCCCAGAAAACUCUUGGAAAUCAGCUCUUUGUUUGUUGUCCUUAUACAAAAACAGUCUCCAGUGAAGCCGAAAGUAAUGUAUCUGUUGUGUAACACAGUUAAUUAGUUGUUGCUAUCCCUGUUACUGAAUUAUAGCACCAGUCCUUACUUUAGGGCACCCAUAAAUGGUCAAGAUGUUUCUUUUGAGUUUAUGACCAUUAUGCCUUAAAGGGGUAAACUUCAAAGAAACUAAAAAUAUGUAAAUUUGAGUUAAGAAGUCCCCUUCAUAUCUAGGGAUUAAACAACUAGGAAAAAUACCCCACCAACUGAAAUGGGGGGAAUAAUUGGUAAUGCUAAUCUUCCACUUUUGCCCUGAGGGUAGAGAGAAUGUAGAAUAGAAAAGUGAUGUUUAUGCUUUAAUAUGGUUGCUCUUUGAUAGAUGUCCAUUAUCUAUCCAUCUAUAUGCUCUAGAAUUCAGAUGCAUUACUUGCCCCCUAAAAUGGUAGUUGUACUCAUUCUUUUUGAGUAAGACUAGCCUCAUGUUCCUUGUAUCUUAUGCCCAUCAUUUAAAUAUAGUUAUUAAAAUAAUUUCUCCUCCAACUAUGAAAAUUGGAGUUUGUUAACCUGGUCUCAGUAUUAUCCUAUUGAUGGUGAGGGUUUGAGAAAUAUGUGGAAAGUUUUGAUAGUCAUCUAGUGCUUUCUUGCCAUGGAUAUUUUGGUUGAACUUGGGAGAGCACAUUUAUUUUUAUAUAACCACAUGGUAUAGAAUAGAGCAAAAUAUAUUACACACAUGUAGCACUUCAUAUAACAAGCUAGCAUGUAAACUGCAGAUGUAGUUAUAGCAUUAUAACCAUCUUUACAUAAAAAUUCAAGACAUGCUGAGAGUAGUCUUCAUAUGGCAAUAACUGGAUUACAUAAACUAGGAGCUAGAAAUGAACAUGAGAGCGACAUAGCUGCAUUUUACUCCUGCCACUGAAUUAAAUCAACUCUGUAAUCUUGGAUUAUGAGAGUCUUAAUGUAAAGUAUGAAGAGCAAACUGGCAAAGUUUUUGUUUUAUAAGCCAUCUGACUUGCUUUUAAGCAGACUUUUGGUAAAGUAAUUGUAUCUGUACCCUUUUGUAGCCAGAAACCAUUUUAAAAUAGUUGUAUGAGUACAAAUGGGUUCAUAAAUGUGCUCCAUCUAAAUGUCUUCAGAAAAAAAUAAAGAACUUUUGCAUUUUGCUUUCUAA